AUGUCGAUAGCAUCUGGUGAGCGAGCCGGCAGCAGCAUGCGUGUUAAAGAGACUGAUCUAGACCCUUGGCAGCAGAAGCAGCAGCAAGCGUUGCAGGACACUGCGUGGAAUGCCGAUGCCGACGGAAGUAAUGGGUACCAGUCCCAGUCGGGCCAGACCUGGGGCACUUCGGAUACCUACACGGCCCAGAAGACACAGGAUGAAAGUAGCGGCUGGGGGUAUGACAAUGCCCAGCAAGCGCCACAGGCCGAAGGCAAUGAUGGGACGUCGUGGGGCAGUUGGGGCAAGCAGCAACAGGAGCCAGCGGACGCAUGGUCUUCGUGGACUGGAGGAUCGACCAACGCUUGGCAAACAAACCAGCAACCUGCCGAGACUGCCGAGGAUGCAAACAAGAGGCGGCACGAGACCUAUCGGAAAGAGUACUAUGAUUGCCAAAAGUGGUACAAGGAUUCCGGAAUCCUGCCCGACACCCACAACAGUUCGUGCAAAUUCUUAGACGAAUCAGGCGACAGAGGAGUCGACUUCGAGCUGUACAACUCAGUGGAAGUUCAAGUCAGCGGUGACGGGUCGGAGUCCCUUCCGAAACAUCUAGACACUUUUGAGGAUUUGUUUUCCCGCUUUGACACAGUCCCGAAGCAGCUGGAGGAGAACCUGAAGCUACUCAAGUUUCAGUACCCUACACCUGUGCAGAAAUAUGCCGUCAUCGCAGGACUAGCUGGACGGGAUGUCAUGUGCUGCGCUCAGACGGGCAGCGGGAAGACAGCAGCAUAUUUGAUCCCCAUGCUAGCAAGCAUGAUGAAGAACCACAGAGCAACUGGUGGGCUGAAAGAGCCCUUCGAGGGUCCUUGUAAGCCAGACACUCUGAUCUUAGCUCCUACUCGGGAGCUGGCACUUCAAAUUUACGACGAUGCCCUCCGCUUCUGCUAUGGUACAGACUAUCGCGUCGUCCGUGUUUAUGGACAGGAGGCACGAGGAAAUCAAAUCCGUGACUUCUCCAAGGGGGCCGACAUUUGCGUGGCGACGCCCGGUCGCUUUGCAGAUUAUGUGGAGGCCGAGAUCAUCAGUGUGAAGGAGACUUACUGCCUGGUGCUUGAUGAGGCUGACCGAAUGCUAGAGCUCGGCUUCGAAGAAACCAUCCGAGAGCUCGUGGAAAAGCGAGGCAUGCCUGGAACCAACGAGCGCCAAACCAUGAUGUUCUCGGCCACCUUUCCAGAUGAGAUUCAGAAGAUUGCCAACAACUACUUGCACCGGCACUUGUUUGUGCGGGUGGGAAAGAUUGGCACGCCUGCUGCAACAGUCACCCAGGUGGUAAUGCAAGUGGAGAAAAACGAGAAGCUCGACAAGCUGGUAGCCUUGAUUGACCAAUGGAUGCAACACUCUCGGACUACUGGUGAAGAACGAAUGCUCGUUUUCACGAACAGUAAGAACCAGACCAAGGCCUUGGACGAGUUCCUCUGGGACAAGGAGGUUGCCAAGACGGGUGCCCUUCAUGGCGACUUGGACCAGCCGAAGCGAGAGUCAAACCUCGCCUUGUUCCGCGAGGGCAAGAUUGAUGUGAUGCUAGCAACAGAUGUGGCAGCCAGAGGACUCGACAUUAGCAAGGUCUCCCAUGUGGUGAACUACGACUUGCCGAAGGAGCCGGCUGUCUACGUUCACCGAAUUGGACGUACGGGCCGCAUUGGCCAUCGUGGCACGGCUCUGAGUUUCGUCACCACGGAAGAUGGCUGGUGGCUGGAUACUGAAGAGAUGCUCCGGGAGUUGCCCACGUUCAUGGAGCGGGCGCCGAACACGACGGUGCCGGACUGGCUUCUUGAGAAGUGCAAAACCCUAACAGCAGGAUCAUGGGGUAGCAAAGCGGACGAUACGAAGGACGCUCGAGAAUCCUGGUCCGGGUGGACACCUACUGCAGAGGGAGAGUGGGCCCAAAACCAAGAAGACACUUGGAAGGACAGUUGGGAGCAGCCGCAGCCUCCCGAUGAGGCGCUGCUCCAACGAAAUCGGGCACCCAGGAAGGUUGUCACUUUGCGUGCACAGCUCCAGAGCCCACGAAGCUCAGAGUCAGAGUUUCAGGUUGGCGGCGACCAGCUGCCAGAAAGGACAGAUGAUAAAUCCCUAGACGCACUGGCAAGCGCGCUGCAGACGCUGCAUAUUUCCUGCACUAGCAUGGCCGGCACGGUCCUCACAGAGCUGGCGCUUGAUGCUUCCAAGGGCCUGCGCGAGCUACGAGAGGAGCUCGCUGCGAGGCUGGGCCUUCCCAAGCCUCAGCUCGCCCUGCUUUUACCCGACGGACGUUUACUCAAGGCACGAGACCAUCGUUCUUUGAUGGAGAUUUUCACUUGCCUGGAUUCGCGGAGUGACGCCGAUGAUCCCAUAGAGUGCUAG